GUUCGUACUCCUAACCUCGUCAUUCUUUCUAAGACAGAAAUCGUAGUUUUAAUAUUUUUAAUAAUCGAGUAUAAAAUGUGAUAUUGAGUAUAUAAAUUAUCACUUUAUGACGAAUAUUGGUUCUUUACGUCUUUUUAAAAAAUAAAAAUAAAAAUAAAAAUAUUUCUCUCUUUAUUUUGUUCUUUUUAACUUGCCGUUGUAUACUUGUACUGAUUUGAGCUAGCAGUAGCAUAAUACUCAUUGUAGGAAGCUGAACAGGCAGAUUAACAAUGGGGAAAUUUGCAAUAACAAUGGUGGGUUUUCUGCUUUUAUGUUUCUGUACUGAAGCAGUUUACAUGAAGUACAAGGACCCAAAACAGCCAUUGAAUGUUAGAAUCAGGGAUUUGAUGAACAGAAUGAGCCUUGAAGAGAAAAUAGGUCAGAUGACCCAGAUUGAGAAACAUGUAGCUUCACCUCAGAUCAUGAAGAAAUACUUCAUUGGGAGUGUACUGAGUGGUGGAGGAAGUGUGCCAUUUCCAAAGGCUACUGCUGCGGACUGGGUGAAGAUGGUAAAUGGGAUUCAAAAGGGUUCACUAUCAACACGCCUUGGUAUUCCAAUGAUUUAUGGAAUUGAUGCAGUGCACGGGCACAACAAUGUCUACAAAGCAACAAUUUUUCCACACAAUGUUGGCCUUGGAGUCACAAGAGACCCACAGCUUGUGAAGCGGAUUGGAGCUGCGACUGCCCUUGAAGUCAGAGCCACAGGAAUCCCUUACACUUUUGCACCGUGCAUCGCAGUCUGCAGAGAUCCAAGAUGGGGUCGGUGCUACGAAAGCUACAGUGAAGAUCAUAGGAUUGUUCAGGCAAUGACUGAGAUCAUUCCUGGUUUACAAGGAGAUGCUCCGGCUAACUCCCGUAAGGGUGUUCCGUUUGUCGCAGGAAAGACAAAAGUAGCAGCCUGUGCUAAGCACUUUGUGGGCGAUGGUGGCACUACCAAGGGCAUUGAUGAAAAUAACACUGUUAUCGAUGUGAAUGGGCUACUUAACAUCCACAUGCCUGCCUAUAUUGAUUCAAUUUUAAAGGGAGUUUCGACAAUAAUGGUCUCUUACUCGAGCUGGAAUGGCAAGAGGAUGCAUGCAAACCGUGAUCUAAUCACUGGCUUUCUCAAGGGAAAGCUCAAGUUCAGAGGUUUUGUCAUAUCAGAUUGGGAGGCAAUUGACAAGAUUACUGAACCACCCCGUGCAAAUUACUCUUACUCUGUUCAAGCUGGAGUUCUUGCUGGACUCGACAUGAUUAUGGGUCAGGAAAACUUGGUUGAAUUUCUUGAUGAUCUGGCUUUCCAAGUAAGGAACAAUAUCAUUCCCAUGAGCAGGAUAGAUGAUGCAGUUAAGAGAAUAUUAAGGGUUAAGUUUGUCAUGGGUCUCUUUGAGAACCCAUUGGCUGAUCUCAGCUUAGCAAACCAACUAGGAAGCCAGGAACACAGAGAGUUAGCAAGAGAAGCGGUGAGAAAAUCACUUGUACUAUUGAAGAAUGGAAAAGUUACUAGCCAGCCACUGCUUCCCCUUCCGAAAAAAGUGACGAAGAUACUUGUCGCUGGCAUUCAUGCUGACAAUUUGGGUUACCAGUGUGGAGGCUGGACUAUAAGUUGGCAGGGAAUUGGAGGCAAUGAUCUUACCACAGGAACUACAAUUUUAAAUGCUGUGAAAAACACAGUCCAUCCAUCUACACAAGUAGUCUACCAGGACAAUCCAGACGUAAACUUUGUUAAGUCCAACCACUUCUCCUAUGCCAUUGUUGUCGUGGGUGAGACACCCUAUGCAGAGAUGUUUGGCGAUAGUGCAAAACUUACAAUUGCUGAACCUGGUCCAAGCAUCAUUUCCAAUGUCUGUGGGGUUGUGAAAUGUGUGGUAGUUGUCGUCUCUGGGCGUCCAGUUGUGAUUGAACCGUAUCUUGCAAACAUAGACGCCCUUGUGGCUGCUUGGCUUCCGGGAAGUGAAGGCCAAGGUGUUGCUGAUGUCCUGUUUGGUGACUAUGGAUUCACAGGCAAACUUGCGCGCACUUGGUUCAAGUCAGUUGAUCAGCUUCCCAUGAAUGUUGGUGAUCCACAUUAUGAUCCUUUGUUUCCUUUUGGAUUUGGUCUCACUACUAAGCCUGUGAAGAGCUAAAAUUUCUUCCUCUGGCGUUCUACUUGCUGCUCAAUCUUUAUAUUUUUUUGUUU